AUGGGCCAGGCGCUGGCCCGUCAGGUUGAGGCCACGGAAGGCUGCAUUCUGGUCGCGGCGACCGAGGUUUCCCGACCAUCCCGCGCUCGGCCGGGAUUGCGGCGCGCUUGCCGGGAUCGAGCCGCUAGGCGUCGCGGUGAGCGACGAUCCGCAGGCGAUGUUCCUGCUGCCGAUGCGGUGCUCGACUUCACCCUGCCGGGCGCCACCGCCGGCCACGCCGACGCUCGCGGCCGCCGAGGGCACGAUCCUCGUCGUCGGCACCACCGGCAUCGGCGAAGCCGAGCAGGCCGCGCUCAAGGCGGCGGCGGCGGCGCAAACUGCCGUGGUCCAGGCGCCCAACAUGAGCCUCGCCGUCAAUCUGCUGAUGCGUCUCACCGAGCAGGUCGCGGGCCUCUGGACGCCGAUUACGACAUCGAGAUCGUCGAGAUGCACCAUCGGCACAAGAUCGACGCGCCCUCCGGCACGGCUUUGGGUUUGGGCCGGGCGGCGGCGCGCGCGCGGGGAGUCUCGUUCGAUGAGGUCGCAGCCCGCGGCCGCGACGGCGUGACCGGCGCGCGACCGCGCGGCGAGAUCGGCUUCGCCGCGCUGCGCGGCGGCGAUGUGGUCGGCGAGCACAGCGUGAUCUUCGCGGCGGACGGCGAGCGGCUGGAGCUGACCUGCCGCUCGGCGAACCGCCAGACCUAUGCCCGAGGUGCCCUCCAAGCGGCGCGCUGGGCAGAGGGGCGGGGACCGGGCCUCUACACGAUGGCGAACGUGCUCGGCCUCACCUGA